ACAUGAUUGAAAAUUUUCUUUGACUUGAACAAAGUAAAAAAGUUAAAGAUUUAAUAAAACAUAAAAAAUCAGAAACAUCCUUAAAAUUUCAUCAUGCCAAUUUGUGGACCAAAACUCUCACUUUGCGGAUUAAUCAUUUCCGUUUGGGGAAUAAUCCAACUGGCACUUAUGGGACUCUUCUACUAUAUCCACAGCGUUGCACUGAUUGAAGAUUUACCUCUUGAAGAACAUUACCAUACACCUGCUGAAUUUUAUGCAGCAGCUGACAAGGCUUAUCUUCAGAAUGCACAUAACUGCUGGAUUGCUGCCCUUAUUUAUGUCGUUACAUUAGGGUUCUCAGCUCAACAAUUCUAUGCUAAUAGCCGCGGAUCGUCAUCAAACUAAAUUUAUUCCAUGCAAUAACUUUACUUCAAUAUUAUCAGUAAAAACAGUUAAAGUUUCACGAUAAAAAGUGAGAAAAUAAAUUUGUGUCUAUAAAGAAAUAUAAUUUAAAACACAUUUCCAAAUAAUUAGAAAUAUAUGUCAAGUAUAUGAUAAUUCAGUAUCUUUGUUGUUUAAGUUCCUUUUCGAGAUGAGAUGAAUUAAAGGAUGUCUGCUGUAAAUACUUAACUGGAAAGUUUUUUUUUCUUGAUUAUCAGUUUCAAUUUAAGAUUGGAAGCUAUUUGGAAUUAAACAAUUCAAACGCUGAGUGGAAGAUAAGAUACGUCAUGUGAUUUCGUUUUGAGUCAUUUUCCUAUUAUCAUGUUGAUCAAAGUUUAGAUUGAGUUAAUAAAAGUAAUAUCAAAUA